UGGGAGCCUCUCGCCCAGCCCUCUGACGGGAUGAAGCCUUUAGGGGGAUGCGGCGCUCUUUGCAUUUUGAUUAAAGCCCCUCAUCUCCCUUCAGUCUGAAGGCAGGGCACCCGGGAGGACGGGUCGGAGGGGCCUGCGCAAGGCCGGGCAGAGAGGGAGGGGGGUGAGAGAGAAAAAACCCCUCUUGGUAUAUUACGUAUGGCUCUAUAGGAGAUAUCAUCUCUGGGAAUAUAGUGGAAAGGUCGGAGCUGGUAUAAACUGAAGGCGCCCGGGUUUAAUUCACACUCGUGGGUGCCCAGCAUGGAGAUGCAGAGAUGGUCCACAAGGUGGAAAACGAGAAGGUGGCCCCGAGAUUCGGCUGUAACCGUGCUCAUCACCUUCGCUAUUCUUCUCCGGGCUGCAGAGGUCAGAGGAGCUGAACCCGUUGAUGUGCUAAAAGCAUUAGAAUUUCACAAUUCACCAGAAGGAGUAUCAAGAACAGCAGGAUUUUGCACAAACAGAAGGGAUUCAAAAGGAUCAGAUGUCGCCUACAGAGUUUCAAAAACUGCACAGCUGAGUGCUCCAACAAAGCAGCUGUACCCAGGUGGAGAUUUUCCGGAAGAUUUUUCAAUAUUAAUGACAGUAAAACCUAAAAAGGGUAUCCAGUCCUUCCUUCUGUCUGUCUACAAUGAGCAAGGAAUUCAGCAAGUAGGUGUUGAAGUUGGUAGAUCCCCUGUCUUCCUGUUUGAAGACCAAAAUGGAAAACCUGCCCCAGAAGACUAUCCUCUUUUCAGAACAGUCAACAUUGCUGAUGGCAAGUGGCAUCGAGUAGCUAUUAGUGUGGAGAAAAAAAGUGUUACAAUGAUUGUUGACUGUAACAAAAAAACUACAAAACCACUUGAAAGAAGUGACAAAACAGUUGUGGACACCAAUGGCAUCACUGUCUUUGGAACCAGGAUUCUGGAUGAAGAAGUUUUUGAGGGUGAGAUCCAGCAGCUGUUGAUUAUAGCUGACCCCAGAGCUGCAUAUGACUAUUGUGAGCAUUAUAGCCCAGACUGUGAUUCCCCAGUGCCCAAUGCUGCUCAGGCUCAAGAUCCUCAAGUUGAUGAGUAUACACCAGAAGAUUUUAUCGAAUAUGACUAUGAGUAUGGGGAUGCAGAUUAUAAAGAAACUGACUCUGUAACAGAGGGACCCCCACUAUUCGAAGAGACAGUAGCACAAACAGAGAAAAAGAAAACCAUGGUCAAAAAGAAGAAGAGGACAGUGGCCGCUAGCUCAAAGGACAAACCCCAAAAGGCCACAACAAAAAAAUCUCAAAAAUAUGCAUCCAAGAAGAAGAAAAGUUAUCAAGCAGCAACAAAAGGCAAACUAGGGGUAAAGGCAAACAUUGUUGAUGGAUUUCAAGAGUAUAGCAUAGCUGAAAAUGACUAUGGGCCCCAGACAGAAGCUCCCUCCAGAACUACUGAAGCAAAUGAGCAAAAUCCUGUUGAAGAAGUAUUUGCUGAAGAAUACAUAACUGGAGAGGAUUAUGAUAAAAAAACUGAGGAAACGGAAUAUGGAAGCAGAGGAGUACACCUCAGUGAAUCUGAUCUGCUGGUAGAUGGAGAUUUAGGCGAAUAUGAUUUUUAUGAAUAUAAAGAAUAUGAAGAGAAACCAACUGAUUCCACUAAUGAGGAGUUUGGUCCAGGUGUUCCUGCAGAGACCGAUAUCACAGAAACGAGCGUGACUGGACAUGGGGCUUAUGGAGAAAAAGGCCAAAAGGGAGAGCCAGCUGUGAUUGAACCUGGUAUGCUCAUUGAAGGACCACCGGGACCAAGAGGACCUGCUGGUCUUACAGGUCCCCCAGGUCUACAAGGUCCUGUUGGUCCUCCAGGUGACCCUGGUGAAAGGGGUCCACCUGGUCGCCCUGGUCUCCCUGGUGCUGAUGGUUUAGCAGGUCCCCCAGGUACCAUGUUAAUGCUACCGUUCCGUUUUGGUGGAGAUGGUGAGAAGGGCCCAACAAUCUCAGCUCAGGAAGCUCAAGCACAAGCUAUUCUUCAGCAAGCUAGGAUUGCCAUGAGAGGUCCACCUGGUCCCAUGGGACUCACUGGAAGACCAGGUCCUGUGGGUGGACCUGGAGCAGCAGGUGCUAAGGGUGAAAGUGGCGAACCAGGUCCUCAGGGUCCUCGUGGUGUUCAAGGUGCCCCUGGUCCAAGUGGAAAAGCUGGCAAAAGGGGACGUCCUGGAGCUGAUGGUGCCAGAGGAAUGCCAGGAGAACCUGGUGCAAAGGGUGACAGAGGAUUUGAUGGUCUUCCUGGCCUCCCUGGUGACAAAGGUAACAGGGGAGACCGUGGCCCACAGGGACCUCCUGGCUUACCUGGUGAAGAUGGAUCAAGAGGAGAAGAUGGGGAAGUUGGACCAAGAGGUCUCCCAGGUGAAGCUGGUCCACGGGGAUUACUGGGCCCCAGAGGUACACCUGGUCCCCCUGGACAACCUGGCAUUGCAGGUGUUGAUGGACCUUCAGGCCCAAAAGGAAACAUGGGUCCUCAAGGGGAACCAGGACCUCCUGGUCAGCAAGGAAUCCCAGGCCCACAAGGGCUUCCUGGUCCGCAAGGUCCUAUUGGACCUCCUGGUGAAAAAGGACCUCAAGGCAAGCCUGGCCUUCCUGGCCUUCCUGGUUCUGAUGGACCUCCUGGUCAUCCUGGCAAAGAGGGUCAGUCUGGAGACAAAGGUGCAUUGGGGCCUCCAGGUCCUCAGGGUCCCAUUGGCUAUCCAGGUCCUCGUGGUGUAAAGGGAGCUGAUGGUGUCCGUGGUCUCAAGGGAUCCAAAGGUGAAAAGGGUGAAGAUGGUUUUCCAGGAUUUAAAGGUGACAUGGGCCUUAAAGGUGACCGGGGAGAAGUUGGUCAGCCAGGUCCACGGGGAGAAGAUGGUCCAGAAGGUCCAAAAGGUCGAGCAGGUCCAUCUGGGGACCCAGGUGCUGCUGGUCCAGCUGGGGAAAAGGGUAAGCUUGGUGUACCCGGAUUGCCAGGAUAUCCAGGAAGACAGGGUCCAAAGGGCUCAACUGGUUUCCCAGGAUUUCCAGGUGCCAACGGAGAGAAAGGUGCAAGGGGAUUACAUGGAAAACCAGGCCCCAGAGGACAGCGAGGACCAACAGGUCCAAGAGGCUCAAGAGGUCCCAGAGGUCCCACUGGCAAACCAGGUCCAAAGGGUACUGCAGGCAAUGAUGGUCCUCCUGGCCCACCAGGUGAAAGGGGACCACAAGGGCCUCAGGGACCUGUUGGAUUCCCCGGACCAAAGGGACCUCCAGGGCCACCUGGAAAAGAUGGCUUGCCUGGGCACCCAGGACAGCGGGGUGAGACUGGUUUUCAAGGAAAAACUGGUCCUCCUGGUCCUGGUGGUGUUGUUGGCCCUCAGGGUCCUACUGGUGAGACUGGCCCAAUCGGUGAAAGAGGUCAUCCAGGUCCUCCUGGCCCACCAGGUGAACAAGGCCUCCCAGGUGCUGCAGGAAAAGAAGGUGCUAAGGGUGACCCAGGCCCUCAAGGCAUUCCUGGGAAAGAUGGACCAGCAGGUCUUCGUGGUUUCCCUGGAGAGAGAGGCCUUCCAGGUGCUCAGGGUACUGCUGGUCUGAAAGGAGGGGAAGGCCCACAAGGCCCACCUGGCCCAGUUGGUUCACCAGGGGAACGUGGAGCAGCAGGCACUGCGGGCCCAAUUGGUCUACCAGGUCGUCCUGGACCUCAGGGUCCUCCAGGCCCUGCAGGAGAGAAGGGUGCUCCCGGUGAAAAAGGUCCUCAAGGUCCAGCUGGGCGUGAUGGAGUACAGGGUCCUGUAGGACUUCCUGGUCCUGCUGGUCCUAGUGGUUCUCCUGGAGAAGACGGUGACAAGGGUGAAAUUGGUGAACCAGGUCAGAAGGGUAGUAAAGGCGACAAGGGAGAAAACGGUCCUCCCGGUCCACCAGGUCUCCAGGGUCCUGUUGGUGCCCCUGGUAUAGCUGGAGGUGAUGGAGAGCCAGGCCCAAGAGGUCAGCAAGGGAUGUUUGGGCAAAAAGGUGAUGAAGGUCCUCGAGGCUUUCCUGGCCCUCCAGGCCCUAUUGGCUUACAGGGUCUGCCUGGCCCACCAGGUGAAAAGGGUGAAAAUGGUGAUGUGGGCCCAAUGGGUCCACCUGGCCCUCCAGGUCCCAGAGGUCCCCAGGGUCCUAAUGGAGCUGAUGGUCCUCAAGGCCCCCCAGGCUCAAUUGGCUCUGUUGGAGGUGUUGGUGAAAAGGGUGAACCUGGAGAAGCUGGUAACCCUGGACCUCCUGGAGAAUCUGGAACAUCUGGUCCAAAAGGUGAAAGGGGAGAAAAAGGCGAGGCUGGUCCACCUGGAGCAGCUGGGCCACCAGGUGCUAAAGGACCUCCAGGUGAUGAUGGGCCUAAGGGUAACCCAGGCCCAGUUGGUUUUCCUGGAGAUCCUGGUCCCCCUGGGGAACCUGGUCCUGCUGGUCAAGAUGGUGUUGGUGGAGAGAAGGGUGAAGAUGGUGAUCCUGGUCAACCUGGUCCACCAGGUCCUUCAGGUGAAGCCGGCCCACCUGGUCCGCCUGGAAAAAGAGGACCUCCUGGAGCAACUGGUGCUGAAGGCAGACAAGGUGAAAAAGGUGCAAAGGGUGAACCUGGUGCAGAAGGGGCUCCUGGAAAAACAGGUCCAGUUGGCCCACAGGGACCUGCAGGAAAACCUGGCCCAGAGGGUCUCCGGGGCAUUCCUGGCCCUGUGGGAGAACAAGGUCUACCUGGAGCACCAGGUCAGGAUGGCCCUCCUGGGCCUCUGGGUCCACCUGGCUUGCCUGGCCUGAAAGGAGAUCCAGGUUCCAAAGGAGAGAAGGGACAUCCUGGUUUGAUUGGCCUGAUUGGACCUCCAGGAGAACAGGGUGAAAAGGGUGAUAGAGGUCUUCCUGGCCCACAGGGAUCUCCUGGAGCCAAGGGUGAUGCAGGAAUUUCCGGUCCUGCAGGUCCACUCGGACCCCCUGGUCCUCCUGGUUUACCUGGUCCCCAAGGUCCAAAAGGUUCCAAAGGAUCCAGCGGUCCUGCUGGUCAAAAGGGUGACAGUGGGUUACCUGGUCCACCCGGUCCUCCAGGUCCUCCGGGUGAGGUAAUCCAGCCACUGCCAAUCCAGUCACCCAAAAAGACAAGAAGAUCUCCUGAUUACAUGUUAUCUGAUGCUGGGGAUAAUAUUCUGGAUUAUUCUGAUGGCAUGGAAGAGAUCUUUGGUUCACUGAAUUCACUGAAGCAAGACAUUGAGCAUAUGAAGUAUCCAAUGGGCACUCAGAAUAACCCAGCCCGAACUUGCAAAGACUUGCAACUCUGCCACCCAGACUUCCCAGAUGGGGAAUAUUGGAUUGAUCCUAACCAGGGCUGUUCUGGAGACUCCUUCAAAGUAUACUGCAAUUUCACAGCAGGUGGGGAAACUUGCAUCUACCCAGAUAAGAAAUCUGAAGGAGUUAGAAUUUCGUCGUGGCCAAAGGAGAAUCCAGGAUCUUGGUUUAGUGAAUUUAAGCGAGGCAAACUUCUUUCCUAUUUGGAUGUUGAAGGCAAUUCCAUUAAUAUGGUCCAAAUGACGUUCCUUAAACUACUGAGUGCCUCUGCCAGACAAAAUUUCACUUACAACUGUCAUCAGUCCGUGGCUUGGCAUGAUGCAUCAUCUGACAGCUAUGACAAAGCACUAAGGUUCUUAGGAUCGAAUGAUGAAGAAAUGUCUUAUGACAACAAUCCUUACAUCAAAGCUCUUCAUGAUGGCUGUGCAUCAAGAAAGGGCUAUGCAAAGACGGUGCUCGAAAUCAACACACCCAAAAUAGACCAAGUGCCUAUAGUUGAUGUGAUGAUCAAUGACUUUGGUGAUCAGAACCAGAAGUUUGGAUUUGAGGUCGGUCCUGUCUGCUUCCUUGGUUAAGCUUAAGAUAAAAUCAGAUCAACAAAAAUGUUGCACUUUGGUGCUACCAACCCACUUCAUGCCACAUGCAAGUUUUGAAUUAAGGAUGGCAUAGAAAAUAUGUCUUGCUGUGUACGUAUGUCUUAUCUAGAAAGUAAUUGUUGCCCUUGUAGGGCCAGAAUCACAUGACUUAAACUUAUUUUGCAAAGAUGCUGUGGCACAGACAGACAACAGAGGGCUCACUUUAGGAACACCCCCCUUUGGAUUCCUUUGGUGCUGUUAAAAAAAAAAAAAAAAAACGACAUGGUGCUCCUUCCAUUACAACAAAGAGGUGUUAAGAAAAUGUUUAAUAAACUGUAAUUAUUCUAUGUACAGUACUAUACUGUUAUUUCUCUGUCCAUUUCCAAAACUUGCAUGUGUCUCUGAAUUGCAUCUGGCUCUUAUUUUAUAAUUACAAAACUACAUUGUCAAUACUGUGUAUGUAUUCUGAAAAAAUAAAGCUGUAAUUGCCAGUGAAGCCAAUUCCAUUUCUGAUUAAUAAUAAAAUCCCUUUGUAUAUAUUGUUGUUGAAGAGCUUUGUUAUUUGAAGUCGCCAACAAAACUUAAGGUGGCAAAACUGGAAGAUCUUGAGCAGCACACUCAGACAACUCUUUUCUGAUGAUAUCACUCUGUGAUGAUGAAUUUCAAUACUGAAAGCACCUUCAAAGGUGCUGUGUUCCAUGGUGCUAUACCUCAGACUUUUUCUUUUCUUUUCUAAUUCCAGAAUGUCAUAAGAUACAUGUACAUACCUAAAAUAAACAAGUUUAUAUUUUUGGGUGGGGAAAAUAUGUAAGAAAAGAAAAAAAACAACUUCUGUGUAAGAGGUCUGUUAAAAAUUUGUGUGAAAUAAAUUAGUCAUAUAGCUUUCCUUUUUUUUUUUUUUUUUUUUUUACAUCUCAUCUGAAUUUGUUUCCAUUGUGCUUAUUUGGUCUGCAUAAAUAUUAAAACUGGAUUCUAAACAGUUAUUUAUGGAUUUUUGCGGUGUUUACUUAGAUUUUUAUGUAAGCAAUGAUGGAUGUUUGCUUCCUGAACUGGAUACUAAAAGUUCUACAGAAUGGUCCUAUACAAUAUUUGCCCAUCCCAUUAAUAUGAAUUAUUUUUUCCUGUUAUUUCACCUAAGGCCAGGGAUGCAAUAUGUCUAGGUCAUGUGAUUCUACAUAGUUGCUAAGCAACAUACGAGGGGACUGCUUCUUCCAGAGCUGUCUUAGACCCAAACUCUUCCAAUUUGCUAUUCAAAUCUCAGCAAAAAAAAGUUGGUUUGGCCUUCCCUCUGAACAUUUUAUUCAGGUAGUUGGAAGUAGAAAUUACAUUUUAGCCUUACAACACAAAUCCUUUUGUAAUUAUUUUUCAUAAUAUAUGUAAGACUUGAAAAGAAAUGUUUGUUUCUAUUUCUUAUAAAUUGUUAAAUUAAAUAGUACUAGUUUCUGCUGGCUCAUUUCCAACUGGUAUUUUCUUAUGCACGUUUAUACAUGUAAAAGUGAGAUUUCAAAAGUCAACUUCUUGCUGUUCAUAUUUUCUUUUAUUUUUGAACCAAAGUUUGUAACUGUCACCUCAAAGAGGAAAACACAAAUUUUAUUAAUAAAAUCAAGUC